GAGUCGCACAAAUUUGACGUCAUUUCCCUAGUCUCCUAACUGCCCUAUGGCUGCUGUUUGUGACGUCAUUACGCUGAACGUUUCCCCCACGAGCUGUUUGAGGACUAAAAUUGCCCGUACGGGCUGAUAGAGAAUGUCAGACGAAUGUAUUGUGAGGGUGCGUGGGCUGCCAUGGUCUUGUACACGGGAAGAAGUUCUUGAGUUCUUUUCAGAGUGCGAUGUAGCAGAGGGCACCGCAGGGGUCCAUUUCACCACAUCGAAAGAAGGGCGUCCAAGUGGAGAAGCUUUUGUUAUUUUGGAAUCGGAGGAAGAUCUGAAAAAAGCCUUGGAAAAAGACCGCAAAUAUAUGGGCCACCGAUAUAUAGAAGUAUUCAAAUCAAACAGCACAGAGAUGGAAUGGGUGCUUAAGCACAACAGUGGCAGUGACAUUGAACCGGACAGUGAUGGUACCGUGCGACUCCGCGGCCUUCCCUUUGGUUGCAGCAAGGAGGAGAUCGUUCAGUUCUUCUCAGGGUUGAGAAUCGUGCCAAAUGGGAUAACAAUGACGAUGGACUACCAGGGGAGAAGCACAGGGGAGGCCUUCGUGCAGUUUGCAUCAAAGGAGAUAGCAGAAAAGGCUCUGGGGAAACACAAGGAAAGAAUAGGGCACAGAUACAUUGAGAUAUUCAAAAGUAGCAGAAAUGAGAUACGGACAUCUUAUGAUCCGCCACGAAAGAUGACUGGACAGCGUCCAGGGCCUUAUGACCGACCAAUGGGAGGUCGAGGAGCUUUCUAUGGAGCAGGACGCGGAAAUAUUUAUGAGCGGAUGCGUGGUGGAGCUGGCUAUGGUGGAGGGUAUGGUGGCUUCGAUGAGUUCAGCGGUUACAAUAACUAUGGCUACAGUGCUGAUGGUUUUGAUGACAGGCUGAGGGAAGGGAGAGGUAUGGCACAGUCUUAUGGGGGAGUGAGUGAGGCAAGUUCAGGGUUCCACAGUGGCCAUUUUGUUCAUAUGAGAGGGUUACCAUUCCGCGCAUCAGAAAGUGACAUUGCUAAUUUCUUUUCCCCAUUAAAUCCAAUACGAGUUCACAUUGACAUUGGAGCAGACGGAAGAGCAACGGGGGAAGCUGAUGUGGAAUUUGCAACUCAUGAAGAUGCUGUAGCUGCCAUGUCUAAAGAUAAAAAUAAUAUGCGACCGUGUCGUCUACUGGAAGCAGAUUUAGUUAUCUUUUUGUUUAGCUGUUUGUUCAAACUCAAGCAAUGUUCUUGAACUUUUAGUGCAGAGUCUGGUAGCCAUUGUUACCUGUUAAAUUUCAUUUGUUUGAAAAGCGUUGACUUUGAAUAAAUUUUUAUACUCUA